GCAAUUCACAUCCGCUCAGUGGGUCUGGGGGGUGGGGUGUUGUAAGAGGAAGAGCAUUUUCGUGCAUUUAAACUGGGUAACACAGGUAGAAAGGAGGCCACGACCCCAUGUACUCACAGAACCAUAAGAAGAAGACACAAGAACAGAAUACAACGUGUUUAUUGCUCUUUGCUGGAAUACCUUAUGUGAUCAUCCUGACAUUUUGAUGGCACCAGUAUGGAGACCUUUCUGAUCGCAAAUGAAGAAGUUUAAAAUCAACCUCUAAGACCUGCUUCCUUCUCAGCUGCAUUUUGUUGAUUGAUUGGGUUUGAUGUGAUGGAGGAGGAUCAAGGCUGUGUCUCAGAUCUAGUUCAGCAGGAGUCUAAUUCCCAGGGAUUACAGGACCCGCGGGCCCCCCUGAAAUGCCAAAUGUCAGAUAGAAAGCCAGAGAAUGGAGGGGAAGAGGAUGGAAAUGGGCUGUAUAUACUUAAUGAGGCAAGGCAAAUAACAGGGAAUGGUGCUUCUGUUGACACAGGUCUGCUCACACGACCCUGCAUGUCCCUCUCUCCAUGUUGCGAGUGUCCUACACUGGCUGUACAUUUUGCAGUGUCUGGCAACGUCUCAUGUGAUGAGCUGGACUCCAGUGAGGGGGCCAGCUUGGAUAUGUACUGGACUGACCUCUCUUUGCCUCCCUCUCAUUUACACCCUCCAUAUCAGAUGAAGGAAGGUGAUAAGACAGCCUUGACGGAGAAGAACAUUCUUAUGGAAAACUAUUUUCAAGGCUCUCCCCCUCCCGGCACAUACUCUAGUGAUGGCCCCGAGCAGGACAGCAGGGAGGAGGAGCCUCUAACAAACUCACAGGAAGAGGACGGUUUAACACGAGGAGAACUGAAGGAUGUCAAAGCAUUUGAUCCUGCAGCACCGUCUAAAGAGCUUCUGACAGGUGAAUCACACAAAGCAACAGAGGGCACAAGACAAGAGCCCACCACACAUUCUGGGGUAAAUGUAAUGGCUGCUGAAUCCCAAGCUUUGAUUGAGUCCAUGGAAACUCCAUCACCAUCUACAGAUGGGCAACCAGACCAAGAACAUCAGCCUUUAGACUGUCAUGCUGAGUGGACAGAGUCUGCAGGAAUAACAGAAUCAUCUGGAGGGUCUACUGCAGAACUCACUCCGGUGUGUUCUGCAGCAACAAACCCAAGAGCUGGGAGUGACCUUGUCCAACUCAACUGUAUGCACUUCAGUGAUGAGUACUCCAUUCCCAUCACAAGUGUAGUAGCACUGAAACAAGACACAGUCAGCUCUGAAAUGGAUGGGAUACAGGGUAAAGAAGUAACCUGCUGUCUUAAUGGUUAUGAGGAGGGAAUGAAGGAAGAAGAAGAAGAAGAGGAGAAGAAGGAGGAAGACAGGAAGGAUCACAAUAAUUUACUUCAUAAAGUAAAUUUCCACAGUCAGUGUACCAGGGAGAAGGCACUGCCAGUACAAACAGAAGAAGCUGAAUCAAAUCACAGAGAGUUACAUGAACACACUGACCAGACAGUGCUUCUGAAUUGGACAGAACACCCAGAACAAAGUGAAGAGUCAGGGCAGCAGCAACAAUUAGAGCAAAUACAGAAAUCAGAGGAGGGAGAACAGGCACAGCAUACAGAACAGUCAGAACAGUUAGACCAGACAGAAGAGACGGAACAGCCUGAGCAGACAGAACAGUCUGAGAAGAAACAGCCAGUUCAGACUGAACAGACAGAGCAUCCAGAGCAGAUGGAACAGCCAGAGCAGAUGGAAAACCCAGAACAAAUAGAACAGCCAGGGCAGGUAGAACAACCAGAGCAGUUGGAACAGACAGAGCAGAUGGAACAACCAGUGCAGAUGGAACAACUAGAUCAGUUGGAACAGACAGAGCAGAUGGAACACCCAGAAAAGAUGGAAAACCCAGAACAAAUAGAACAGUCAGGGCAGGUAGAACAACCAGAGCAGUUGGAACAGCCAGAACAGAUGGAACAACCAGUUCAGAUGGAACAACUAGAUCAGUUGGAACAGACAGAGCAGAUGGAACACCCAGAACAAAUAGAACAGUCAGGGCAGGUAGAACAACCAGAGCAGUUGGAACAGCCAGAACAGAUGGAACAACCAGUGCAGAUGGAACAACUAGAUCAGUUGGAACAGACAGAGCAGAUGGAACACCCAGAACAAAUAGAACAGUCAGGGCAGGUAGAACAACCAGAGCAGCUAGAACAGCUAGAACAGCCAGAACAGAUGGAACAACCAGUGCAGAUGGAACAAACAGAUCAGUUGGAACAGACAGAGCAGAUGGAACACCCAGAAAAGAUGGAACAGCUGGUGCAGAUGGAUCAGCCAGAACAGAUGGAACCUUCAGGGCAGAUGGAACAACCACAACAGUUGGAAUGGCCAGAACAGACAGAACAGGCAGUGCAGAUGGAACAAUCAGAUCAAUCGGAACGGCCAGUGCAGAUGGAACGCCCAGAAAAGAUGGAACAGCUGGUGCAGAUCGAAAAUCCAAAACAGCUGGAACAGUCAGGGCAGAUAGAACAACUAGAUCAUUUAGAAUUGCCAGAACACGUAGAAAAGCCAGUGCAGAUGAAAUGGCCAGAACAGUCAGGGCAAUUUGAACUGGCAGACCAAUCAAUAGCACAGCACAAGUUAGGGCUAGACAAUACAGAGCAUGCAAAAAAGAUCUUGAAACCUCUGCCAACGCAACAGACAGAGGAGCAAAAAUGGAGACCCAUCCACCACAACAACAAAGGGAGUAUGGACAGGGAGGAGGCACACAGACUUGCUGAGAAGCUCUACAAGCUGCAGGAUGUGCGACGCACUGAUGUCGUCAAAUACCUCAAUAAAGACAAUGAGUUCAGUCAUACAGUUGGAGAGGAAUACUUAAAGUUCUUUGAAUUCACUGGUCAGAGCUUGAACCAAGGCUUGAGGUCAUUCCUCAAGGUGGUGGUUCUGAUUGGAGAAACACAGGAGAGAGAGCGAGUUUUGGAGCAUUUUUCUCAUCGUUUCCAUCAGUGCAACCCUGACAGUUUCUCCUCCCCAAGUGCAGUGCUAACCCUAACCUGCGCUCUAAUGUUGCUGAACACAGAUCUACAUGGGCAGAAUGUGGGGAAAUCCAUGUCCAUUUCCACCUUUGUGUCCAACUUGGAUGGUAUGAAUGAAGGGGAACAUUUCUGUAAGAAUCUACUGAAGGAUCUGUACAACGGCAUAAAGAAUGAACCUCUGGAAUGGGCAGUUGAUGAGGAAGAACUGAAGAGCUCAGUGUUACAACAAGAUGAAAAAGCAGACCCACUACUCCGCUCAAAGAGCAACCCCUUCCAGGAUCUGCCUCAUGACAAGAAAGCCAUGGUCUACAAACAGGGCUUCCUGACACGCAAGGCGCACGCUGACAUAGAUGGCAAACGCACUCCCUGGGGGAAGCGUAGCUGGAAGACCUUCUAUGCUGUGUUGAAAGGAAUGGUGCUGUACCUGCAGAAGGAUGAAUACAACAUAGAGUGGCAGAACUCAGCAGAGGUAGUCAGUGUGCACCAUGCCUUGGCUGAAAGGGCUGAUGACUAUACAAAGAGGCCACACGUCUUCCGCCUGCAAACGGCUGACUGGCGAGUCUUCCUCUUCCAGGCAUCCACACUAGAGCAUAUGAGCUCCUGGAUCAACAGGAUAAACCUGGUAUCAGCCCUGUACUCAUCUCCUCCAUUCCCUGCUGCUGUGGGAUCACAGAAGAGGUUCAGCAGACCCAUCUUACCUGCCAUGCAGUCGGCACUUACUCUGGAGAAGCAGCUCCAGUCUCACUCCCGCAUGCUGGACUCUUUCUCAACUGACCUGACCUUCCUGCAGCAGUCUGUGCUUGAGGGCCGAAGGGCCAAGGCCCGCGAGCUUGAGGAGCGCCGACAGAGGGAGGAGUAUCUGCUGCACGAGAAGAGUCGGUAUGAGGUGUAUAAGCAGAUGCUAGAGGUGUGGAAGGGCCUUGGUGGACACAUUGGCGGUGCAGUGAGGGCUGUGGAGCUUGAGCGUUUCGAUGAGGAGCUGUACGUAGACACAGAGGAAGAGGAAGCUGGCCUGAAGAAGUCCCAUUCCAGCCCCUCCCUGAACCUGGAGUUGGCCCCACCCCCCAUAGUGAAAGUCAAGCGCAAUAUCUCUGAGAGACGCACCUAUCGCAAGAUCAUAAUCCCACGACGCAACAGAGAGCUGUGAGAGAGGGCCUACUGCACCAUAUUUACCUAUAGAUGAAACAAAAUAUUACAUCUGUGGUUUAUAUUCAGUUGACUGUACUGUUACAUAUCAACUGGAGGUCACCAAUAUAGGAGUGCUGUCCUUCCUCGGUUCAUUGGAAAAAAAAUGUUUUCAAAUAAAUCUGAGAUUUGUUUGUUCUUGUUCUGUGUUCACCCUAUCACAGUUAUAAUCACAUGUAAAACAGAUGGAACAUAAAGAAAUAAGCCAAUACAGUACUGUGCAAAAGUCUUAGGCACCCUAGAUUUUAAAAUAUAAUAUAUAGUAUAUAUUUGGUCUUAGGUGUUUAUUUUUUUGUUUUCUGCAUUAGUGUGUCAGUAGAAAAGAGCAAAUUUGAGAUUUCCAAACAUGAAUUUUCCAAAAAAUGAAAUUUUACAGAUACGUCUUUGUAUUUUUAAGUAAUAGACUACUUUUCGGAUAAAAACUUGAUCAUGGGUCUCUGGGAUUACCUGGAGAGCCAGAAGCAAGCGAAACAGCCAAAAUCUGCAGAAGAACUGUGACAAAUUCUCCAAAAUGCUUGGAACAACGUACCAGCCGAUUUUCUUAUAAAACUGCAGGACAGUGUACCUAAGAUAAUUCAUGUAGUUUUAAAGGCGAAGGGUAGUCACACCAAACAUUGAUUUUAUUUAGUUUUUAACUGUUUACUGCUCUUUAUAUUAUUUUUUUGAUAUUUAUAACAUUUCAUUUCAUUAUUUUUGAAAGCACCUUAGCUGUACAGCAUUUUUUUUUACAGGUGCCUAAGACUUUUGCACAGUACUGUAUAUUUUCUAUCAGUGAAACAUCUUUAGUCCUCAUAUAAAAAGUACUGUACAAUGAGGUGAAAACAAUUCAUCCAAUAGUUUUACAUGUUUAGAUAUUGUGCUUUUAAUGUUAUAAUAUUCAGUUUUAAUAUUGUGAGCUUUGUAGAAGUGCCUCAUCAAGGCAGAAGAGUCUCUGUAAACCAACCAGUGUGGACUGGGAAAUCAAAAGUGCAUUCAGAAAUAUACUCACACAAUCACGCUCUGCAUUACCUACCAUCUCCAUAUCGCCUUUCAUAUAAAGUUCUCCCUAAUUAUUUAUCUAAAUUCAGGGAACGUAGAUUCUCACUUGUUGGGAAAAGUAAUGGAAGUUUAUUUUUUCAGGGGAAAACUGCCAAAGAAUUAGUUUUGAAACAAUUUGGAGCCAUUUUCUCAGUGAACAUGUUUAUCUAUGUGACAGGCUUGUCCAAUGCUGGAAAAUGACAUGUAAAUCAUGUAGACCUAAAUAAUAAACAUGCUGUUUCUACAUUUGUUAUGACUAACAGGUAUCUGGAAUACUAAGGGAUCAUGUUUAAAUUGCAAUUCUGAAAACUGGCCACAGGAAGGCAGUAUGUUGCAAGAAUUGUGAAUGAAGGCUAGGGAACACCCCUGACUGAAUCAAACAUUAUUAUUUAGCAUUUAGCAUGAACUGUUGUCAUGAUAUUGAUACUGGAAAUCGCCAAUUAUUGUGCACAACUCUAUGGAUUCUCAGUCAGCUCAUGGAGAAUACAUGGAGUUCAUGGGAAAAAAGUUGUGUAUACAUGUUUAUGUUCCUAUUCAAAUAUCCAUGAUCCUCUGUAUGUUCUGUUACAUCAUCCAAAUUCUAAGAAUAAAAUCAAUUCACAAACACAAAUUGGACAAUUUAGCACAGUAAGCAA